GAUCAAGAUCGAGAGAAGAUCCAAAUUUUCAAAAUUAGGAAUAAAAUUUUCGAUUUCUGGAGAGAGAAUGAGAAAUUUGUUUGAAAAAGAAUAUUUACAUUGAUAGAUCAUCCAUAAAUUAAGCGUGGUGUUCAGAUUUUCUUGCCUUUUUAACUCAAUUUCGUCUUCCAUCUGCACUUGAUCAUCGAUCAUCAUCAUCUUCAUCAUCACACCGGAUAACUUUUGUUUCGUUUGUCGUUUCAGUGUUUGUUGUUAUCGAUUAUAAUCAUAAUCGAGAUCUGGGGUUUGAUUGAAACUUCUCCAACUUCUGUUUUUGAGGGGGAUUUGAUUGGUUUUUGAGGAAGAACACUCUCCUGCCAACAAUUUAUUCGGAUUACGUUUUGUGUUUUGAGAAAUAGAUAUUGGUAUGCCGGAUAAUCGGCGUGUUCAGAGGAAUAGUGGGGUUUCUAAUUCUUCAUUGAAUCCUUCUGGUAAUAAUAACAUUGAAGAAGCUAUAAGGCGGUUGAGGAUUCAGACAAAUGGGAAAGAAGAUGAAAUUGGUUCUACGGCCUAUCCGGCUCGACCCGGAGAACCGAAUUGCAUAUAUUAUUUGAGGACUGGAGUUUGUGGCUAUGGUGAUAACUGCAGGUUUAAUCAUCCAACCUACAAUGGGCAGAUGAAUCAGCAUGGAGGUGACCUCCCAGAAAGAAUUGGAGAGCCAGAUUGUGUUUAUUUUCUAAAGACGGGUGCUUGCAAAUAUGGAUCAACGUGCAAAUAUAAUCAUCCCCGUGAUCGGCGUGGUGCUGAACCUAUCGUGUUGAACAUGGUUGGGCUGCCUAUGCGGCAGGGACAGAAGUCGUGUCCUCAUUAUGUACGAACUGGAUCAUGUAAAUUUGGAGUUACUUGCAAGUUCCAUCAUCCACAGCCAGCACCAGAUGGCUCAAACACACCUGUUUCAGGAUCUUUGACGUAUGGACCAUCGGGUGCACCACCCCAUAUCAACGGUUCAGCAUGGUCGUAUCCAAGUCCUCAAACUUACAUGCCAAUGGUUAUUCCUCCGGCUGGUAUCAACCAAGGGUGGAGUCCUUAUAUUGCAAAUCUGAACCCACUACUCUCAACCAAUGGUUCGGGUUCAAUUGACCAACUCUAUCCAUCAACACCGAAUUCUCAUCUGCCUGAGAGGCCGGGUGAACCGGAAUGCCGUUAUUUCAUGAACACCGGAGCCUGCAAGUAUGGAACGGAUUGCAAGUACCAUCACCCAAGGGAAAAGAUGGCUCAACCCGCAGCCAGUUCCUUGAGUCCACUCGGCCUUCCUCUUAGACCUGGGCAACCUGCGUGUUCGUAUUACGGUCUAUAUGGAAUCUGCAAAUACGGGCCAGCGUGUAAAUACGAUCACCCUUUGGUGAUAUAUUCGUAUAGUUAUACCAUGGGAAUGCCGACUCUACCAAUGCCCGACCCAUCGUUCUUCCCAUAUGGUGGGAUGAUUUCACCCACACCCCAUUCAUCAGACUCGUCUCCUUCGAAAUCAUCGAAAAAUGCAGGAGGAUGGAGAAGUGAACCAAUGAGCAACGGGAAGCCGUGCACGGAUGAUUCGUUGCCUGAACACGGUGGAUCUUCGUCCCGUUCAUCGUCACAGAAUCAAUCGGAUUGAAAGUUACUGGUUUUUAUGUUCUUAUGUUUUGUUGAUUUUGUUGAACAGAUACGGAUGAUUUAAUGCAGCAGCAAAAUGAACCCCUUUUCACCUCCAGUUUCUGUGGGAAUGUGAUAGCUUUUGUAGAAGAAUGUAAAGAGGGAAAGAGGGGUUGUUUUUGGCUGUCAAUAAAUGGAAAAAGAAAACUAAA